AUGACUCCCAGUCAGAAUCCCCAUCUCCGUCUACUAAAUCAGAUGACGAAUUUAGGCCACAAAGAAAAACCAUGUCAGUCAGAGAACCAAAAAAAAAACACUUUCUUCUCCACACCUAAUCGUUACUCACCAUUAGAAACAUCCAUAACGAACCAGAAUGAAAUAAUCAACAACAAUGCGAUUUCAACAUCAAACAACAGUAGCAACCUCAAACCCGAUACCCACAUGGAUACGGAGGCAACUCAAACGAAAAUUAAUGAAGAUAACAUUACUCCGAAAAUACCACCAUUUUUCGUCAUAAAUAAAACACAAUUCACAGAAUUCCGCCAAGCAAUAUCAGAGACGAUAUUGAACGGUUUUACCGCCAAAACUAGAGCAAACAAAAUAAAAAUUAAAGUAGAAACAAUGGACGACUUCCGAGCACUUACCAAAUUCCUUGAUUUUAAAAAAUACGAAUACUACACAUAUAGACUAAAAGACGAAAAAGAGAUAUCGGCAAUAAUAAGGAACCUCCCACUGUCAAUUAACGAAGCGGAAAUUAUGGAAGAAUUAACUGAAUUUAAAUUCCCAGUCAAAUCUGUGACAAGACUAACCAGUUAA